GAAUUCUCAUCUACAUGUACACAGGAAGAACUUUUAUUACAGUUGUGUGUGAUAGGUGCGACAAAUCGCGUCGCGUUCUAUAAAGUUUAAAAAAUGUAUCACGCACGUUGGAAUUUUGCAAAUGUGUGACACGUCAAGCAAUAGAAAUAUGUUUAUUUAAAUAUGAUCAUCUUAAUAAUGUGGAAGUAAGCUUAACCGGCCGUAUUUUUAAGGUUAUAAAAAGUACGCUCCUCUUUCUUCCUCUUUCGAUUUCUCAACGAUUCGUGUGAUAUAACAACAAUGGUUUCGCUGACAAAAAUUACAUUCGUCGCAGCUUUUUACGCUUUUUCAGCAAUUUUUAUGCAUACUACAGCAUCUCGUGUUCUCGAGUUAAGCGAUAGAUUUUUGGAAAUUAAUAAAGAAGGACAAUGGCUUGUGAUGAUGUAUGCACCAUGGUGUGCACAUUGCAGAAGAUUAGAACCAAUUUGGUCUCACGUAGCACAGCAUCUGCAUGCUACAUCUAUACGUGUUGGACGCGUUGAUUGUACACGAUUUACAAGUGUCGCACAUCAAUUUAAAAUUAAAGGCUUUCCUACAAUAUUAUUUUUAAAAGGAGAUAAUGAAUUUACAUACCACGGAGAUAGAACAAGAGAUGAGAUAGUUAAAUUUGCUUUGAGAUUAAGCGGUCCUCCUGUACAAGAAAUCACUAAGAGCCAAAGCUUUGAUACCAUUAAGAAAGAACGGGAUCUUUACUUUUUAUAUGUUGGAGAAAGAUCAGGACCAUUAUGGGAUUUGUAUCACAAGACUGCAGAUGUGUUCCAACCACAUGCAUUUUUUUAUCAAUCUCAUCCAAAUGUUGUUAACAGGCAUGCUCCUGUGGAAAAUACUCCAGCAUUAUUUGUAUAUAAAGAAAAUUUACAUUAUAAUUUUACUGGUCAUAAUACGACCGAUAUAGAGAAGUUAAACGAAACUUUAUAUAAAUGGAUCAAUGCAGAACGUUUUCCAACGUUUCCGAAAGUAACAAGAGGAAAUAUUAAUCAACUUUUUUUGACUAAUAAAAAUUUGGUUUUAGCAGUCGUAGAAGAGAAUCAAUUGGAAGAGGUAUCACCUCGUAUGAUAGAAUUUAGAGACAUGGUUGAGUCUGUGAUUAAGAAAAAACGAGAGAAGUAUCACGACCAUUUCCAAUUUGGUUGGAUAGCUAGUCCUGAUCUAGUCAACAGUAUAGCAAUGAUGAUUUUACCAUUGCCAAGCCUAAUCGUAAUUAAUACAACUACGAAUCAUCACCAUAUUCCAGAGGAUGAAACAGAAAAGUUGACGCCUCAUGUGAUAGAAUUGUUCCUAGAGCAAAUUCGUAAUGAAAGUGCUCCGCGAUACGGCGGAAAUAGUUUAUUAGUACGCAUCUAUAGAUCGUGGUUUGAAUUAAAAACAACACUUGCAGCGAUGUGGAUGGGCAAUCCUAUUUUAACUAUGGUAUUAUUUGGAUUACCUGCUGGUUUUCUUUCAUUAAUUUGUUACGGUAUUUGUUGUCCGGAUAUUUUAGAUGCAGACGAUGAAGAGGAAGAUCAUUCAGGAGGAAGUCAUAUGAAAAAAGAUUAAAAAUUAUCAGAAAUAUGUGUCCUAUAAAUAAAGUAAUAAAAUCAUUAUUAUAUAAUGUAAAUAUACAUAUAGAGUUUUGCUAAGUCUUUGGAAUCAACUAGGUAUUAUCCCAAUUACUUUGGUUGACAGAAAUCAAGAAGGCAGAAGAUAUUUUACAGUAUUUUAGUAUUUUAUUGUGGCUUCGUCUUCAACUAUGUAUGAUGAUAAUUGAAACGUACUUAUAUUAUUACAAUAUCAUCCUGGCCAAAUAGAACAUACGUAAGACAAUACAAAAAGUAAGUCUAAGUUUCA